CGGCACGUCUACGUCAGGCGGAUCAGCUGUUUACGUAUUUGACAAAAGUUUUCUGACGUGGUUUUUCCAUAAGCAAAUGAAAUAUUUUCGGUCCAAGUUUUGAAUAAAAAUUUAAAGGAAAACUUCUCUAGUUAUUGUAACUCUGAAGCCGAUAUAGGCAUUUUACCAAUCAAAAAAAAAUUAAAAAUGAGGCUCCCUCUAAUACUACUACCAACAAUCCUGUUUACCCUGGCCGGUCUCAGUAAUGUCCAAAGUUUAGCGGUAAUGUCCGUGGAUUUUGGUUCAGAAUGGAUGAAAGUGGGCAUAGUUUCUCCAGGCGUUCCAAUGGAAAUAGCCCUAAACAAAGAAUCCAAAAGGAAAACCCCAGCUGUCAUCAGCUUCAGAGACAACGUACGAUUAUUCGGCGAAGACGCCCAAACCAUAGGGCUCCGAUUCCCGAAACAAGCCUAUAGCUACUUGCUGGAUUUGCUGGGCAAAAGCAUAGACCAUCCUUUGGUGCAACUAUACCAAAAACGCUUUCCCUACUACGAAAUUUUGCCCGACCAAGAACGGGGUACUAUAGUUUUCAAGCAGGACGAAAACACGUUUUUCACUCCGGAGGAGUUGAUCGCUCAGUUUUUGGCCAAGGCCAAGGAGUUUGCUGAAGUUGGAGCUCAGCAGAAGAUUAAGGAAUGUGUAUUGACUGUGCCUGGGUUUUUCAAUCAAGUUGAAAGGAAGGCUAUUUUGCAAGCGGCUGAGUUAGCUGGGCUUAAAGUUUUGCAGUUGAUGAACGAUUAUACUGCUGUUGCGUUGAAUUAUGGCAUCUUCCGAACCAAAACCUUCAACGAAACCGCCCAAUACGUCAUGUUUUACGACAUGGGCGCUUCUUCGACAACCGCCACCCUUGUAAGCUACCAAAACAUCAAAACCAAAGAGCGAGGUUUUGUAGAAACCCACCCCCAAGUGUCAGUUUUGGGAGUCGGUUAUGAUAGAACAUUGGGAGGGCUGGAGCUCCAACUAAGACUCAGAGACUAUUUGGCCAAGAAGUUUAACGAAAUGAAAAAGACUCAAAAUGAUGUUUUUGAGAAUCCUAGAGCUUUGGCUAAGUUGUUCAAAGAAGCUGGACGAUUGAAAAACGUUCUGUCAGCUAAUUUGGAACAUUAUGCUCAAGUUGAAGGCCUUUUAGAUGAAAAAGACUUCAAAUUGUUAGUAACAAGAGACGAAUUAGAAGCAUUAAUUGAAGAUUUGUUUGAACGAGUAGCCAAACCAGUAGAGCAAGCUUUGAAAUCAGCCCAUUUAACCAUAGACGUAGUGGGGCAAGUGGUUCUUGUAGGAGCCGGUACCAGGGUACCAAAAAUCCAGGAAAUCUUGCAAAAAUCUGUUGGGAAAGAACUGGCCAAGAAUUUGAACACUGAUGAAGCUGCUACGAUGGGGGCAGUUUACAAGGCAGCUGAUUUGAGUACAGGAUUUAAGGUUACCAAGUUUUUGACCAAGGAUGCUGUGCUGUUUCCUAUACAGAUUGUUUUCCAGAGGGAUACCAAAGAAGGCAUUAAGACAGUAAAACGAACCCUCUUCGGGCUAAUGAACCCCUACCCUCAGAAGAAAAUCAUCACCUUCAACAAGCACACUGACGAUUUCAGUUUUGUCGCUAACUACGCCGACCUUGAUUAUCUAUCAGAAAGCGAAAUUGUCUAUAUCGGCGCUCAGAAUCUGAGCGAAUAUAAACUCACCGGGGUAGCUGAAGCCAUCGAGAAAAACCUUGGCGAAAACGUCGAAAGCAAAGGCAUCAAGGCUCACUUCAACUUAGACGAGUCUGGCAUUUUGAAUCUAGCCAAUGUCGAAUUAGUUGUUGAAAAAAUUGUAGAUCCUUCAGAAGAUGAAGGCACUUUGUCCAAAAUUGGCAGUACUUUUAGUAAAUUGUUUGGUGGUACCGAUGAGCCUACAAAAGAAGAAGAAGGUAGUGCGCAAACUGAAGAAAAACCUGUACACGAAGUGCACGACGAAGACAAACCAAAAACCGAAGAACUAAAACCACAAAACGAAACCGAAUCCAAAAAUAAUUCCACCAAAACAACAACAGCCAAACCCAAAUUGGUAACUGUAAAAACCCCAAUACAAUCUCUGGAAAAUGUUUUGUCAAUUAACAGCCUAAACAAAAAACAAUUCCAAGAAUCAAUAAAGAAAAUCGAAAAGUUUGACAAAGUCGAAAAAGAAAUAACCAGGCGAGCAACUACUUUAAACAACUUAGAAAGCUUUGCGAUUGACGUACAAAACAAACUAUACGAAACUGAAUAUACUGAAGCAGCAACUGAAGAAGAAAUCGAAAAAAUCAAACAAAAAUGCUCUGAAGUUUCAGAGUGGCUGUACGAAGACGGCUCAGAAGCUGACGCCGAUACCUACGAAAAAAAACUGGACGAAGUCCAAGGUUUAACCAGAGAACUUUUCUCCAGAGUUUGGGAACACAAAGAACGCCCCGAAGCCUUAAAAGCCAUGCACUCGAUGCUAAAUCACUCAACUGCAUUUUUCAACACUGCCAAAAAUUUCACCGAAACAUCCAAUCCUGAUAAUUACGUCUUCAAAGACUCAGAAAUUGAAGCCCUUGACAAACUAAUUACUACUACAACAGAAUGGAGAGACAAAUUAAUUGCCGAGCAAAACAAAUUGAAAAAAUCUGAUCCACCUAAGUUGACCGUAAAGAUGCUUAUGGACAAAAUGGCUGCAUUGGACAGGGAAGUUAAGUAUCUUGUACACAAAUUGAAGAAUUUCAGGCCCAAAAAGGUGGUGGAAACCAAAGAAGAAAAGCCUGAAGACAACAACAACAAUACAAAAACCGAAGAAAUUGUCUUAGAAGAAGAAGAUUCUCCAAAGGAAAACAAUACAACUACUGAAAAUCAAACAGAAGACACACACGCCGAAUUAUAAUAAUUUCUGUUGGACAAAUUUUAGGUUGCAUUUAUUUAUUUUUUAAUUUAUUUAAUUUGGGGCGUUGUGUGUGCAAACUUCUGUGAUCUUUGUAAGGGGAUUGAGUUUAAAGAAUAAUUGAAUUGUUCAUUGGAAUGGCAAUUGUAUUACCAAAUAAUUUUGUUAAAUGUAAAGCCGAUUUAGGAUUAAAGUUUUUUUUUCCAUGAA